UAUAGUAUGUUACGGGAUUAAGAAGGUACCACGAUGUUGCUCAAAAUAAAAAUAUUUGUACCAAUCUUCGUGCUUUGUUCAUUACCACUGUUUGGACAGUCAAACAAUCUGCCGGGGACACGAAUCAUUGGAGGAGAGGAAGUGCCACCACAUUCAGAACCGUUCCAAGUGUUCCUUAACUUCACCGGAAGUGACAAUACAGCUUGGAUCUGCGCAGGAUCGCUCAUCACUGCCAGUUACGUCCUGACAGCCGCCCGCUGCGGCUAUGGGGCUACUUUCGUGGAGGUUAUACUGGGUGUUCAUAAUAUCAGCGAGAUCGAAACGACCCAAAUAAAACUACAAAGCGAAAGCAUCACACUGCAUGAAAAUUUCAAAGAAGACGUAUCCGCGUACGUCUCCGAAAACGACAUUGCAGUGAUAGCGCUAGAAGAGUCUGUUACCCUUACCGAUUCCAUCCAGUUGGUGAAGCUACCAUCUGGCGACGAACCGGAAGAAACUUACGUUAACAAAACCGGUAAAGUAAGCGGAUGGGGACAGACAGACGCCUACAACAGCAGCAGUUUGUCCUCUGUGUUGCUGUCGCUAGAAAACACUAUCAUAAGUAAUGAGGAAUGCACCCUAGUAUAUAACGACUUGAAAAAUUACGAUAUCUGCAUGAAGACAGUCGAAGGGGAGUCGCCUUGUGUUGGGGAUUAUGGAUCGCCGUUGGUAGUGGAUCAAGUUCAGGUCGGUAUAGCGUCCCAGAAUGUCAUGUACUGCAUUCCUGGGUAUCCUUUCGUAUUCACAAGAGUUUCCAGCUUCCUAGACUGGAUCAAAGUGAAUACUGAUUUGGUAGAUAACAAUGAUGUCACAACUACGUCCUAACAUGUUUUUCUAAUAACGUCUAAAUAAAAAUAUCUGCAUUUUGUUUU